AUGGAUCUCUUCUCUAUUUCUUCUUCAUUUCAUAUUCUGAGUCUCUGCGUUUCCAUUAUCCUCUUUUUUGGAGGUGCAUUGGGUGCUACAUUUACAUUUGUGAACAAAUGUGAGUACAUGGUAUGGCCGGGGAUACUAGCAAAUGCCGGUAGUCCUAGUCUCGACAGCACAGGAUUCGAGCUCUCACAGGACUCUUCCCGGACAUUCAAUGUCCCUACGGGAUGGUCGGGUCGGAUGUGGGGCAGAACCGGCUGCACAUUCGACGGAUCCGGAUCAGGUUCUUGCACCACUGCGGACUGUGGGUCGGGUCAGAUGGGAUGCAACGGCGCCGGUGCAUCCCCACCAGCCACUCUAGCAGAGUUCACCCUCGGAACCGGCGGUCAGGACUUUUAUGACGUCAGUUUAGUUGAUGGGUACAACUUGCCUAUGAUUGUUGAGCCCUCAGGCGGCUCGGGUUUGUGUGCUUCGACGGGUUGCGUGACGGAUCUGAACCGUGUCUGCCCAAGUGAGCUGCGAGUAGGUGGUGGGGAAGCAUGUAAAAGUGCGUGCGAAGCUUUUGGUAGUCCGGAGUAUUGCUGCAGCGGCGCGUUUAACUCACCCACCGCCUGCAGGCCGUCGGUUUAUGCCCAGAUGUUCAAAUCUGCUUGCCCCAGAUCCUAUAGCUAUGCUUAUGAUGAUCCUACCAGCACUUUCACUUGCGCUGGUGCAGAUUAUACUGUAACUUUUUGCCCCUCCAUGCCAAGUCAAAAAUCUUCAAAAGAUCCAACACCAACAACGACAGCACCAGUGACAACAACUGAUGGGUCCAUAUCCGGGUCGUCUACUGGUGGGUCUAUAUCCGGAUCUACUACUGAUGGGUCUAUAUCCGGGUCGUCUACUGAUGGGUCUAUAUCCGGAUCUACUACUGAUGGGUCUAUAUCUGGGACUGGUACAACAGGCACGGAUGGAUCCGAAACAGGAUCCGGAUUGGGGGUGACGGGUGCGGAUCUGGGUUCAGAAUCUGGGUCAGGAUCUCAAGCUAUACUUACAGAUGGAUCAUGGUUGGCUGGUUUGGCAAUGGGUGACUCAACUAAAAUUUACACUUCAAAUUCUGCCCUAAUUGCCUUAGCUCUUUUUACCCUCUCCAUUAUUUGUUUGUAG